GACUGAACACAUGUUAUAUGUAUAGCUUAUCCAAAUAAAUACACAGCAAAGAGUCGAAGAAGCAAAGAGUCUUUAUUGUGACAUUGUAUUUAUUACAUACAUUGAUUCGAGUUUUUUUUUUUGUUACCUUUUCAACUUAAAGCAGUAAUAACAAACAAAAUGAAACGUGCAGCGACCGAAAAUUUGUCAAAUGAUGAUAGCAUUGGAAUGAAUUCAAAACAAGUGAAUUUAGUGGAACGAAACACAACACCAUUGGGCUAUGAACUACUGAAUCCAAACUAUGUUGGGAAACACAAUGCAUUCGACUUAAUUUCAUUGGCGUCAGAAAUUCAAAAUGCAGACAUUGCAGUAAAUAAUCAGAGUGGAAAAUUAACACUGAUUCUGGAUCAAAUCCGGUUUCUACAAUCGCAAGCACAUCAAAUACUUCGCGAUAUUAAAACGGACGUUAAUUUACAUCAAGCAGCGUGUAAUUUUAAAAAAGUCGCUGGCAAAACAUACUAUUUAUAUCAACGUGAAUCAGGACAAUGUUAUUUCAGUAUGCUGUCACCUCAGGAAUGGGGAAUGAAAUUAUUGCACAAGUACUUGGGAGGCUAUCGGUUGGAAUUAGAUCAGACGUGGACGCCACUAGAUAGAAUCGGUGAUGUCGACGAAAAGAAGAAAAUCACCAAAAAACUGAUCCAGUCAUCCAAUUUUGCGGAGAGUUUUCGUGCAAUUGCCAAUACUGACGAUGCUAUGAAUUGAAUUUUAACAACAAUUUUUUAAAAGAAACUAAAAUGAACAUUGUGUGU